AUUCUAAUCGAUGUUUCCUCCGGUAGCAGAUCGUGGUUGCACGCGGGAAGUCUGUGCGAGAUGGCGGUCGGCAGUCAGACCGUGUAGGACCGUGAAGCUCCGCCGUGUCUGAUCCCAAAACCCCGAACCCUCUGCCUUAAACCCGUCUCUGAUCCGGACCAGCCAUGGAGGCCGGAAAACCCAACCUGACCCUGGUCUACCAGGCGGUCCAGGCCCUGUACCACGACCCGGACCCGUCCGGGAAGGAGCGAGCGUCGGUGUGGCUGGGGGAGCUCCAGAGAUCGGUGAGAGGAGGCCGGGAGAGGCCAGGAGAGCGCCUGAGGGUGGGGCGGGGGUCUGGAGGGGCUGAAAACGGGCCAGGUUAGAUCCCGAAACCGGGUCUGCAAGGAUCGGCCGAGCUAAAGUGCGCAGACUCAGAACGAGCAGCCGUUAGCAGCGGCAGAGCUAGGCUAAAGCUAGGCUAGAGAAAUGAAUGGACCAAAACAAAACCUCUUAGCUCGGUGUGGAGCUCACUUAACGUCCCAGUGUCAGGCUAACUCCAGGUGUUUGCUGACGUUUAACCUUUAAAUCUAAUAAAAUAAACCUCCUGGCGGAUUUAGAGCUCUGUUAAGAAGAUCCUGGACUGUACCGAGUCAGCUCUGUUAGCAUGUUAGCAUGUGUACCUGCUUCAGCACAGUCCGGUCUCAAGAGAGUUCCUGACUGGUUUUAUCUGUUGUAGGUAAACAGGCAGGAAAAAAACCCAAACUAAAACCCCCUCAAACUUGACCUGCUGUUCUCACUUUAGCUCUCAGGUGUGACUCGUCUUCUACCUGCAGAUCUGUGACGUCUUUACCUACAGGUGUGACAUGGCGUAAACUCUAUAGAUAGACCUGAACUGAAUCAGAACAAGUCUGGAUUACCUGUGAUCCCCGCGCAGGCACAUGUGAAGGUUCAGGUGAUUCACUUAAGUCAGUAACAGAGGCGCUUUUUCCAGACCGAGCUGGGCAUGUUCACAUUAGGGUGUGGCACCAGACCCAGACCAGGACUGAGUUCAGGUGAAUCUGCUGCUACAGAGUUAGGAAGAAUCAUAACAGUCUUGAUUUUGAGAGUCAGGAUGUCUGCACACUGGAUAACUAGAGGCUUUGAGUUGAGAAUCAGGAUCUAUGAACUUCUAAUGGGUAACAUCCAGAUUUAUAGACUAUGAAUCAUUACAGUAUGGGUAUUAAAGGGAUAUUUCAGCGUAAAAUUAAUUCAAUUUGGGGUCAAACACACCAUAACACCAAGUUAGACGCCCCCUCGAGAGAUGAAUGUUGUCGACCACUUGCUUCUCUAGUUAUACCAACUUUUGUAACGACCGCAACGAUAGCAAAACAGAGAGCCAGUCAACCAAAACACCGCUCUAUAGCCACAAAUAAUGCUCUGAACAGCACCUAACUUCACCAACAGUACAUAUGGGGUCCUAGCCAUAGCACUAAACAUCUUUUUAACUUUGCCUAAUUUCUUUAGCAAAGAGACUAAACACAACUGACUUACUCUCUUCCACCAGCCGCCUGUUUGUAGUGAGACCUCAGGCCAGUCCAUUAGGGACUGCAGCGAGUUGACGCAGCUCAAGGAAGAACAUUUAUGAUCAUUUCUUCCUGGAAAUGAAAUCAGACCGAGAUGCUAAGGCAGAAGAACUACUGAAAUGAUAAAGAAAUGAUCAUAAAUGUUUUUCCUUGAGCUGCGUCACCCCGCAGCAGUCCCUAAUGGCUUUUCCCGAGGUCUCGCUACAAACAAGCGGCUGUUGGUAGAGAGUAAGUGAGUUGUGUUUAGUCUCUUUGCUAAAGUUACAAAAGUUAAAAAGAUGUCUAGUGCUAUGGCUAGGACCCUAUAUGUACUGUUGAUGAAGUUAGGCGCUGUUCUGAGCAUUAUUUGUGGCUAUAGAGUGGUGUUUUGGUUGAGGUUUGUGUAUGGCUCCUCAGACCACUGUGUAUUGCUAUCUGUGGUCGUUACUAAAGUUGGUAUAACUAGAGAAGCAAGUUGUCAGCAACAUUCAUCUCUCGAGGGGGUGUUUCGGUGUGUUUGACCCUAAAUUCAUUUUAUGCUGGAAUAUCCCUUUAAGACUCUGAAACUAAAGGAUCUUUAAAGUCUGGAUCUGUUGUCUCUGGAACUCAUUUGUUGUCUUUAAACUCUGGAGACUUUGGACCCUAAGAGUCUUGAUCUUUAGACUUAAACUUAAAACUAUGGAUCUUUACUCUGGAGUUUGAAAGUCUGGAUUUGUCUUCUCUUGGACUCAUUAGUUGUGAUAUUUAAACUCUGAGAGUCUGGAGACUUUGGAUCUUAUGAGUCCUGAUCUUUAGACUCUUAAACUCUGAAUCUUUAGCUGGAAUCACAUUUAAAAGCUCUACAUUCCAAAGUGUCAGGAACUGUUGCAGUUCUAAAUAAAGCAGAACAGGUUCAGGAUCAUAAAUCACUCCACAGUCUCAAUGGUUUCACCUUAUGUAAGUCCUGUUCCAGCCUGGGGACUGUUUUUGUCAUGUAGUGUGAAUAAUAAUGCACAUUUGGAGUCAAACAAAUAUAUAUAUAUAAGUAAAGAAAUUUUAUAAUUGACACAGAUAGUAUUAGAUGAUAAUUGAAACUGUCAAACUUGAUUAUAAAGUUGAGGAUAGUCUAGGUUCAUCUGUAAGGAAGCUGUAAAGGUCAUAUAGUUGGGUCAUUAAUUUGAACCGUGACAUGAAGGGUAACUCUGCUAUGAGCUGCUCAGGUGUGCUCAGGUGUAAUGAAAUCACUUCUUGUCCUUCAGAUGUAUGCGUGGGAGAUCUCGGACCAGCUGCUGCAGCUCAAACAGGAUGUGGAGUCGUGUUAUUUCGCCGCUCAGACAAUGAAGAUGAAGAUCCAAACGUCCUUCUUCGAGCUUCCUCCCGAGACCCACAAUGCACUGCGAGACUCACUGCUGACCCACAUCCAGAACCUCAAAGACCUGUCCCCUAUCAUUGUCACACAGGUAAGACUCUCUGACUGAGAAGCUCAGACCCAGAGCCUCAGAGAAAACCCAGUUCAGGCUUCCUCCGAGGUUCCUCUGCUGUGAGGAAAUGACUUCCUGUAAUCUGUUACAAGUUCCUGUUUCAAAAUCCAGGUUCCUGUUCUUUAAACCAUCUUGAGGGUGAAACUGCUGUUAUAAGGCUAAAGUAAUCCAGUUUAUUCUGAUCCAGAUUAAUUUAAAAUACCUGGUGAAAUCAAAUUUAAAAAUUCGAAAUUGUAAUAAUAUAAGAGCUAUUUUCUCUUUGAGUAAUCCAGAUUACUGUUACUCCACUUAUCCUGUUGAUUUUAACCCAGACUAGUUUUAAUCACAUCUGGCUAUCAGGUUUAAAAAUCUUUAUUUUACAGCACAGAUGUUAUUGAAAUACUUUGUUUCAUCUGGCUCUGUGAUCCUGUUUUCUAAUCUAGAUUAUAUUUAAACAACCACUGUGUUCAUUUUAAAUAAAAACUGUAAUCUUAAUCUGGAUUUUAUUUGUAUUUCUGUUGUUCUGAGUGUAAUAAUCCUGUUCAUUCUUAUCCGUAUCCCUGCUUGAAUCAGAUUUAAUUAUUCUUUUUAUUCUCACCCUGAUUAGAUAAUAAUUCCUGGUUUAAUCAGGUGCAAUAUUGAUAUUAUUCUAAUCCAGAUUUUACCAAAACACCUACCUGUUUUAAACCUUAAAUAAUCCUGUUCAUUUUCAUCUAGACAUUAUUGAUAUUCUUGCAUUAAUCAGGUUUAAUGGUCCCCUUUUUUUAUCCAGAUUAAAUUUAAAUACAUGGAGUCGUCAGGCUAUAACCUUUUUUAUUCUUUUUUGGAUUAUCUACAUAUUCUUGCUGUUAUUUACUUAGAUAUCCCGAUAACUAUCACUCAGGUAAUACUCUAACCUGCUGUUAUUUGUGUCAGCACUCCUUUAUUUAAUCCAGAUUAUAUUGAAAAACCUUAUGUUAACUUGUUUAUUUAAUCUAGAUUAUAGUCAGACCCCUGUUGUUAUCAGGUUUGGUAUUUUAAUGCAGGUUAUUUAAAAUAACCUGUAUAUCAGCCUGAUCUUUUUAUUUUCAUUUAGAUUAGUACAAUACCCGCUUUAAUCAGGUUAAAUAAUCCUGUUUUUUCAUCAUUCAGGUCUUGUGAAAAUUGCUGUCAUCAGCCUGAUAAUCCUUCUUUUUUAUCUCAAUCAUUUUAAGCAGCUGCUAUCAUCAGGCUAAAUAAUCGCGUUAAUAGUCGUCCAGAUUAUAUCAAAAUAGCACGCUCAAAUUAGCACGCUUAGCUCGCUGGAAUAAUCAGACACGACAGAGAGCAUCUUCACUAUCUGCUGAGAGUCUGUUGGCUGUGAAACAAACCGUCUCUCGCUUUAAUCAAGAUAACUUUGAUCCUGUUUGUUAAUGAGGUUUGAUUUCCAGCCGCCUGUUUGUGAUUUUUGAUGAACUCAGACUUGAAUCUCAUGAACAAACAUGACGGGCUUUGUUUCAUUACUCUGUCUAUUGAACCCUAGUCUCUUUCUUCACUCGGUCUCUCUGUUCUCUCUCUCAGCUGGCUCUGGCCAUCGCUGAUCUGGCUCUUCAGAUGGCCUCAUGGAAAGGAUGUGUUCACACGCUCAUAGAGAAGUAAGAGUUCACUCAGACAUCCUGACUCUGAAUGAACGUGAUUUUAACUCUCCGGUCUGUUCAAUGGCUCACAUUUUUGUGGCUCCGCUCCCUUCUUAGGUACAACAAUGACAUCAGCUCCAUGCCCUUCCUCAUAGAGAUCCUCACUGUGCUGCCAGAGGAAGUUCACAGUAGAUCUCUGCGGAUUGGUGCCAAUCGGAGGACAGAAAUCAUAGAGGAUCUGGCGUAUUAUUCCAGCACCGUGGUCACUCUGCUGGUCAGAAGCCUCUCUGUCAACAGCUUUAGAUUUAUAAAUACACAUAUAAAACAACUCUGCCACUGUUUAUAAUGACGUUUAUAAAUAAAUACAUACAUAGUUUUUAAAAGUUAAAAUAAUAUAUGAAUUGAAUCAUGAUUUUUUUUCCUCAUCUCUCCUAUCAGACGACGUGUGUGGAGAAGACGGGGAACGAUGAGAAAAUGCUUAUCAAGGUGUUUCGAUGUCUGGGCAGCUGGUUUAACCUGGGCGUCCUCGACAGUAACUUCAUGGCCAGUAACCAGCUGCUCAUAGUCCUCUUCCAAGUGCUGGUGAGCUCCAGGCUUCAGGCAUAUACCUGUUUAAACUGGUCAGACUGGUUUACAGAAUAUGUAGCUCAGUAAAAGUCACGACAUGAGAAACUUCACUGUGACUGUAUGGAAACAAGUUGUUGUGUGAAAAGAAAGUGUGAAUGCAGUUAGAAACUCUUAAAAUGUAAAAACACAGUAUAGAUACAGAGAGACUGCAAAAAUACAGUACAGUUGUGUAGCAUCACAAGGCUAAACGUACAAUAAUAUAGUUUAAAUGUUUGAAAACAUAGUUAAAAUGUAUAAAAACACAUUUAUAAAUACUGUAUAUUAAUAAAAUACUGUUUACAUGGUUUGAAUGUAUAGAAACAGCAUGAAAGAAUGAAUACAUGCUUUAGAUGUACAUAAACACAGUCAUUAUCUAUCUAAAAAAAACCUGUUUUAUUUUGUGAUGUUUUAACAGCAAAGGGAUGAAACAUCCACAAACCUCCACGAGGCGGCGUCAGACUGUGUCUGCUCCGCCCUAUACGCCAUCGAGAAUGUGGACACGCACAUGGCGUUAGCUCUACAGCUGUUCCAAGGCGUGCUGACCCUGGAGACGGCCUAUCACAUGGCUGUGGCCCGAGAAGACCUGGACAAGUGAGGACCCAGGAACGAUUUUUCUUCUUUGUUGUUGGGUCUUUAUUUGAUGUUCUUAAUGUUUCAUCAAAUUUCUGUCUCCAGAGUCCUGAACUAUUGCCGGAUCUUCACUGAGCUGUGUGAGACCUUCUUGGAGACCACGGUCAGGAGUCCUGGGCAGGGCAUGGGAGACCUGAGGACCCUAGAGCUGCUGCUGAUCUGUGCAGGACAUCCGCAAUACGAGGUACGAAAAGAACCACAACACCUAACUCAGCAGAAGCUACAAUAAAACCUCUAAAUGUAGUUUUAGGCACCAUCAUAAACCCUUUCAAUGUCUGAUGUUGAUCCUGGUGGGUCUGGGAUCUGGUCUUGUUUUGAUCCAGGUGGUGGAGAUCUCCUUUAACUUCUGGUACCGUCUUGGAGAACAUCUUUAUAAGAUAAAUGACGCAGCUCUUCACACCAUCUUCAGACCUUACAUCCAGAGACUUCUACACUGUUUGGCCCGACACUGUCAGCUCGAUCCAGACCAUGUGAGUCACCCGGUCCGGUCUAUCAAGAACUUCCUGUUUAGAUCUAUACUCGACCUAAAGAAUAAAAAAUUAAACCGAUUACAGGCCUGGUCUACACUUUAUCUAAAAUUAAGAACUUUCCAAAUCUAGGAUUAAAUCAGAUUAAGAUUUAUUCUGACGUGGUUCAGCCUGGUCUGAAAUCAAACUUAUCUUACCUUUAUUUAAACACAAUAGAAAAUCUGGGGUUGAUCCCAAUAUGAACCUGAUUUAAAGCUGGUUUUACCCUUUUAUAAACCUGGUUUAGAGGCAAUUUAAGAUUAGUUUAAACUUGGUCCAAAUCAUACUGAAAUGUAGGUUUACACCUAAAUAUAAAUCUGAUCUGCCUUUCCUGCAAACCUUAUUCAAGGCUGGUUUAAACCUGAUAUAAACCUGCUUUAAACUGGGAAUAAACUUGCUUUAAGCCUGGUUUCACCCUUAAAUUACCCUGAUUUAAACAUGGUUUGAAUCAGAUAUAAUCCUGGUUUUGCCCCAGUAUGAGCCUAAUGUAAACAAGUUUCAAAUCUGAGCGUAAAUCUCAUAAAAAGUAGAAUAUAGAUAUGGUUCAUGCUUCUUAAAAACCUUAUUCAAAGCCGGUUUGAACCUGAUGUAAACCUGAUACAAACCAAAUCCAAUCCUGAUUUAAAGCUGGCUCCUUAAGUGUCCGAGACUCAAACAGAAAAGCUCCAUAUAUAAGUUUUCCCGUUGAACACGUUUAUCAGAUUUGUCUCUAUGAUUGAUUUCUUAAACAUUUUUAUCUGUCUGGUUUUCUAAAGACACUAACAAACCCUUUCUCAAUUCACGAGCUCUUUCAAUGUUUCUACUCUUCAGGAGGGAAUCCCAGAAGACACGGACGACUUUGGAGAGUUCAGGAUGAGAGUUUCAGACCUCGUUAAAGACGUCAUUUUUCUCGUUGGAUCCAUGGAGUGUUUCUCUCAGGUAACUUGAAUCCCUCGGGUGAUUUUGAACUGUCAUUAAUUCAGUCUAUAAAGUAACUCAAACCAGUGAGGUGACAUAAAUCUGUCAAAUAACUUUAUUUGUUCAUGAAUUUGUUAAAUGUUCAGAUGUGUGUUCCCAGAUGUUUAAAGCUCUGUGUGUUUUUUGUUUUCAGUUGUAUUCUACGUUAAAAGAAGGGAGCCCGUCUUGGGAAGUGACAGAGGCAGUUCUGUUCAUCAUGGCUGCGAUUGCAAAGAGUGUCGACCCGUGAGUAUCCAAAGCUGUCUCUCUAUUAUGAUUAUUUUUGUCUCUGGAAGAAGAGAAGUAAUCUAAAGAAACUUGUAAGUAACCGCAGAGCUUAAUGAGGAACACAGAGGGAGCCACUGAAUACACAGAGGAGCUUGUUAAAGGACCAUGUCGCUGUCGGGGUAGAACAGGAGUGUAAAUGGACUCCUGUUUUCUCUUUUCCUGCAGGGAGAACAACCCCACGCUGUCAGAGGUUCUUCAGCAGGUGGUUCUACUACCUGAGAGUGUCCACAUGGCGGUCCGCUAUACGAGCAUUGAGCUGGUUGGAGAGAUGAGUGAGGUGGUGGAUAGAAACCCUCGGUUCCUCGGUGAGAGUUUCAGAAUAAAAAUAAAAAACAUCCUUAUCGCUUUCCUCAGAUUUUAUUUUGAAAAUCCUGACAGUCUGUGUGUGUGUGUUCUUCCUUUUAGACCCGGUGCUGAAUUUCCUGAUGAAAGGGCUCAGAGAGAAGCCGUUGGCGUCUGCUGCGGCGAAGGCGAUUCAUAACAUCUGUUCAGUGUGCAGAGAUCACAUGACUCAACACUUCCAGGGUCUGCUCGACAUCGCCCGCUCCCUCGACUCCUUCGCCCUGUCCACCGAGGCUGCUGUGGGGCUGCUCAAAGGUAUCCCAAUACACCCGUGUUACACCCGUAAUACACCUCUAAUCGCCUGUACACCCAUGCAAUGACUCCUUUUCCCUCUUCAGUAACUCUACAUCCAUAUUUCUACCUGUGUCGCACCUGGACACCUGUCAUAUUUCUGUGCAACACCUUCAGCACACAUAAACUGUCCCUAUACUCUACCUGUAAAACACCAGUACUACAGCCAUAUACAGGUGUCGAGUCACUGCACUGUCACUUGUCACUAUGUAAAUAUUUGUCACCACACCUGUAGAACACAUGAAGUCAAACUUUACUACACCCUUUCUGUAUCUGCCAUCAGUACACUAAAAAGUGUGUAAGCCAGAUACAACGUGAAUUGUUUGUCUACCUGUGCAGAGAGGCUCUUUUUUAUUUGUCUAUCUGUGCAGGUUUGACUCAGAUUGUUUGUGUGCCUGUGCAGGUACAGCUCUGGUCCUGGCUCGUCUUCCUCUGGAGAAGAUCGCAGAGUGUCUCAGUGACCUGUGCGCUGUUCAGGUGUUGGCUCUGAAAAAGGUGAGUUCAUUUUAAUCGCACCUGAACGCAUCAUCUGAAAACGGACAGAAAUAAAAACUGAUUUCGUUUCAGCUUUUGACUGAGGGAUCAACAAACGGGAAAUCAGCUGAUCCUACAGUGUGGCUCGACAGAUUGGCUGUUAUCUUCAGGUGAGUUCACCUGGACUUCUACCUGUAUGCAAAGGUUAUUCAAACUUUAUUUGAAUAACGAGACAGUCAACAGACACUCAUACUGUUUGUUUUUUUUCCUACAGACACACAAACCCCAUCGUGGAGAACGGACAGACCCACCCCUGUCAGAAAGUAAUACAGGAGGUAAGAUGCCCAAACUCACCUGAGUUUACCUGAAAGAGGUUUUUUGGUACAAUAUGAAUAACUACUGUAGAUCGGAUCAUAUGAUUUUCCUUACCUGUCUUUAUCUUACCUGUGUCAUGUGACUCACCUGUAAAUCUAAGCCUUACCUGUGUCAUGUGACCCACCAAUAGAUUUGGCCCGUGCUCUCUGAGACUUUGAACACUCAUCAGGCUGACAAUCGGAUCGUGGAGCGAUGCUGUCGUUGUUUAAGGUUUGCUGUACGGUGUGUUGGAAAAGGCUCCGCCUCCCUCCUGCAGCCACUUGUCACUCAGGUAAGAUACACAAACCGGUUAGCAGUGACUGUUAAAUUAUCACUGAGAUGGACAUCGUUAUUUACUAGUUCGGUCAUGGCCCUUUUUGUUCAACAUCAGACAGCACUGCAUUUACCUGUUGACUAUUAGCUUUGAACACACCUGUUCAUGUACUUCCUGUUGUUAUCAGAUGGUGAGUGUGUAUCAGGUGUAUCCACACUCCUGCUUCCUGUACCUGGGCAGCAUCUUGGUAGAUGAAUAUGGCAUGGAGGAGGGAUGCAGGCAAGGUCUGCUUGACAUGUUGCAGGUAAGCACCCACACACCUGUCCACUAGGUAAACAAACACAUGGUAAUGUUGAAAUUGAUAAAAAUGAAGAUCAUGUUUGAAGUUAUUAUAUUGGGUAGUGAUAAUGGGGAUAAUAUUGGAAAUAUUGAAACUAAUAUAUGAUACUGUUAGGAUAGUUGUAAUGGUAGAAUGACUGAUAAUGAAGAUGGUGAUUAAGGUUGAAUUGAUAAUGGGACUGAUUAACAAAACAAUGAUAAAAAUGGUACAAUUAAUGAAAAUGAUAAUGGUGAGAAUGAUUAAGUUGUAAAAAAUGAUUGAAAUAGUGAUAAUAGUUAUGGAAUUGUUCAUCAUGGUGGAGAUUAUGUUGGAAUUGAUUCUGAUGAUAAAAAUAGUUAUAAAACUGAUGGUAAUAAUGCUGAAAGUGAUGAUUGUGAUGUGAAUGGUGAUAAUGAUAUCAUAGUAAUAAUGUUGGCAUUGAUAAUAGUGCCGCUGAUGAUAAUUACUGAAAUUAAUGAUUAUAAUGGUAACCAUGGUGAUAUUGUUUACUAAUGAUCAUGAGGGUUAAAGUGAUGAUAAUGAUAGUGGGGAAACAACGAUGAGAAUGGUCAUUAUAAGUACAAUGGUGGAGUUAAUGAUAAUGACUAUAACAGUGAUAACGGUGGGAUUAAUGAUGUUGAUUAUAAUAAUUAUGGUUAUAAAGGUGGAUUUGAUGGUAAUAAUGGUAGAAAUGGUGCUGUUGAUAAUAGUGAGAAAUUGAUGAUAAUAAUUAUGAUUACCAUGAUGAUUAUCAUGGUGGUGAUAAUGAUGGUGAUAGCGGUGGAGUUUAUGCUGCUGAUAGCAAGAGUGGACCUAAUGAUAUAGAAGUCCAGGAUGACAGAGUUGAUGAUAAUGAUGAAGGUCAUAAUGGAGAUAAUGCAGGAAUUGAUUCUUGUCAGGAUGAUGAUAAUGAUAACAAUAGUCAAAAUGAUGGAACUCAUGAUUUUGAUGAUGGUACAUAAAGUUAUUAUUAUUAAACUGGUGAUGAUGAUUGUAAUUGAUAGAAUGGUUAUGACUGUAAGAUGAUAAUGCUGAAAGUACUGUCUUGCUCUUCCUCAGGCUCUGUGUAUGCCGACCUUCCAGUUGUUGGAGCAGCAGAAUGGUCUGAGGAAUCAUCCGGACACGGUGGAUGAUCUGUUCAGGCUGGCCACCAGGUGAGUCUGCAGGUUCACAUGUUUGUCUUUCUGUUAAUUAUUCUACCUUUACAUAUCUACCUGACACCACCACCUGUCUGUUCACCUCUCCAUCAGGUUUGUUCAGAGGAGUCCAGUCACUCUCCUCAGUAGCAGUGUCAUCGUUCACAUCAUCCAGUGUGCCAUCGCUGCCGCCUCAUUGGACCAUCGAGAUGCCAACUGCAGCGUCAUGAAGUUUGUUAGAGACCUGAUCCACACGGGGGUCGCCAACGAUGUAAGUCAGACUGUUCAGAAAGAGUCAAGUCAGAGAAAAGUGGAAACUGGCAUAAGGUAAUGAACAUGAUCUCUAUUCAGCACGAGGAAGACUUCGAGCUGAGGAAGCAGCUGAUUGGUCAGGCUAUGGAGCAGCACGGGCAGCAGCUCGUCACUCAGCUGAUGCACUCAUGCUGUUUCUGUUUGCCACCGUACACGCUACCUGACGUCGCUGAGGUGCUGUGGGAGAUCAUGGUGUUUGACAGACCUGUAAGUAUGGGCAGUGUCACCUGUUCAGGUGUGUCACCUGUGGCUCUCAGGUUCUGAUGUUCCCUCUGUCGGUUUGUUUGUCCUAGACGUUCUGUCGCUGGUUGGAGAACGCUCUGAAAGGUUUACCGAAAGAAACGAGUGGAGGAGCCGUGACUGUCACGCACAAACAGCUGACAGACUUCCACAAACAGGUCACCAGGUGAGAUGAUAACACAGGCAACAUGUGCAACAGAGGAACUAAAAGCAUAUGUCACUUUCAGUCCAUAGGAGCAGAAGAUAAACUUUUUAGGCAAUAUAUUUCAAGUAACAUAAAAGAUAAGAUAUGCGCAUUAGAGACACCAAAAGUGACAAAAUCCAGGCAAUAUACAGUAAAUACAUGCAGUAAAAGCAAUAGAGACACUGCAGACAUACUUCUGUUAAUGUGCAACAAAAGCACUACGGAGCUUACAUAAUGGAUGCAAAAUGAGCAACAGAUACACAGCAUGUACCAACAUGUUGCAACAUGAGCACCUGAAGUAUUAAAGGCGGCAUAAAUCAUGCAACAUGAGCAACAGAAUAUGUACAACAACCAUCAGAGCUGACAGAGAGGCGUUCGAGGACAUUUGGAACAGGGGGGAGGCAUUUAGGGACCGAAGACUCCUGUAUAUUUUAGUUGAGAUGUUAUAGUGAGACUGAGCAGAGCUAUGUUCGCUUUUACUAUUUCUACAGUUUCUAUCUGAAGAUCAGAGACGUCACAGUUUGAGAAAUUAAUGACCAGAGAGCAACAACGGCACAUGUUGAAUGUAACGCUGGCUGAUAGUAACCAUGGUAACAGAAGUGUUGUUUUUUUCUUUUCUUCCCUUGUUUAGUGCUGAGGAGUGUAAACAGGUGUGCUGGGCCAUCAGAGAGUUCACACGACUGUUUCGAUAGCUGCAAACUACAAACAACACAGGUAACUACACUGAGGCCGAAAACGUACAGGAUCAGUAUUGAGCGUGUUCUGUAUUUGCCCCAUAGAGCAGCAUUGGGUAUGGCAUAUAAGAUGCGUAUUUGGAGCGUGGCAGCAGCGUAGUGCAGCCUCAGUCAGCUGGGCUCAGUAUAGAGGAAAUAAAAUACUCACAACAGGUUGUUUUGCCUUUCUGUGGUCUAUUUCCUGCUAAUUUGGAUAUAAUUCAGUGACCGUUGAGCCUCUACUAUAUGUGAAAUAGCAACAUGAUUUUACAGUUUCUGUUUUUGCAGGUUUACUCAUGUUUAAUAAAGUAAACUAUGUUCCUUUAUGCCUUUAUGUUGUGCUGUUACCUUCAGACAGAGUUAGCAGUUAAAAGUCCUGUUGGAAUUCACAGGGAUUGACCAUCGGAUUGUUCUGUGUUACUAAUAAAUCCAUAACCAGGAAGUAUUUCUCAUCUAUACGAACUGAUACACCAUCAGGAGUUCACAUACAGUGUUUUAUUUUUAAAUACCGGAUGACAUGCACGGUUUUUGUGCUUGACUUCCUGUCUAGAACGAUCUUCUCUGUGUGGAUUGACACGUGUUGGAAGCGUAGAGCAGCAAAAAUAGACAUGCACCCUAUCUUUAGCAGAGCUGCUCUCAAUAGUUGAGUUCGAGAUCAGCGUUCACACCGACCCAAACGAACCGCACCAAGGGGGUAAACGCUCCAAGGUUCGGUUCAACGGGACUAAACGAGGGUGGUGUGAACGCGCCCUUAUACAGUUAAACACACAUGAUGGAGUUUGUGUGAAAUGUAAAUGUGUAUCUCAGCAGCUUCAUUCACAAGCUGUUGUUUUUUCCGUUCAUUUUCAGGUUGAAUCUUUUGUUGACCAACUUUCAGAGGUGACGGCAAAAAGCAGCGACUGCACAGCUGGACCCAAAGGGACGAGUCUGAGACGAUGAAGAGGCAGAUGGAAAGACUGUGAAUGUGAAACAAGAAGUGUCACUCUAAAGGACAGAAUACUUGGAUGAAUUGAGUCCUCACCCUGACCCCUGACCUCACCUGCAGCAGGUGUGAAGUGGGCGGGGUCAGGUCCUGCAGGUGGGCGGAGUUAAAGGAGAGGAUGAGUGCUGUUGGGUCUUCAUCAGCGCUCUCUGGAGGACGUGCCUGGUCAACUUUUUAAGAGAUUUAUUUUUGGACUAUGGUCGAGAUGAAUUUUGUCCGUGCCAUACAAAGAGCCAAAAGAUUUCCCAUGAUGCUCUUGGCUGUGCGACUGCCCGUGCAGGCUGAAUGCAGGAGGAUUUGGCGUCACCUUUGACCUUUUAACUUUGGUUGAAUUUUAGUUGUUUUCCUCAAAGUGAGUGAGUGAACUCUGAGCGAGGAGACGGAGGGACUGACUUCAGUACAUCGUUGGUGAUGUAGCCUUGUCGUAAACAAUAAAAAAACAACUAAAAAAAAUGUGUUUACUGUUUACUGUGAGACUAACAGGGUCAUGGUGUCUCCAUUUAGACUUUUUACCUGCUGCAGAGAGGGACGACAUGAAGUGAGUGGAGAUCUUAACAAGGUUUACGAUCUAAUGGUUAAUGUGCUUCCAACUUCAAUAUCCUUCCCAUCGCUCUGUCCAUUUUUUCCGCUCAUCCUGGGUCGGGUCAUGGAGCAAUUUUUUCCAGCUGCUUCUGAUGGAUCACAAAGUAUUCCCAGGUCAGGUGAGGUUUGGGUCUACCCUGGGGUCUCUGCCCAGUGGGACUCAUCUAGAACUCCUGGAAAGGGAGGCGCAUACAACAUGAAUCGACUCCUUAAAAACCAAAACAGUAGCAUCCCCACCCUGAGCUCUCUCUAGACGUCAGAGUAUUUUAAUCUUGAAAAAAACACCAUGACAUAUUGAUUAAUAUUGGGUGGGAUCUUGUCAAAACGUGCCAUAUAAACAGAAUAUCUGUAGAGCUAUAGAGAAAUAAUCAUAUUGUUAGUUUUCAUAAUAAAUCUGUGUCCUAGGGCUCAAAUACUAACCAUGUGCUCUUGCAUCAGAUCAGUAAUGAACAUCUUGUCCUACAAACUGAUGAGCUCCUCUCACUGUGUCUCCACCUGCUGGUCAAACAGCAGUGCUGAAACAUCCUGUCAAAACAGCACAGCAGCUUUGAAGUUGAAGAAUCAGUUUCAUUUACAAGUUUGCACUUACAAGGAUUUGUGACAAGAAAAAUAUGGAAUGUUUUUUUUUAAUAUUAGGAUUAAGGAAUCAAACACUGGACCUGAGGAAAAUGUUUGUUAGACACUAGUGACAAAAAUCGUCACUUUAAAUACUUGAUUGUUCAUGCAGGGUGUUGCAAACUACAAAGGUCUCACAGACAUGGUCCCAGGAAUGUGGUACUAAAUCUACAGCCUCUGGGUUUAAGCAGUAAAAGAGGUAACCUCCUUGUCAAAGAAAUGAAAUCAUAGUCUGUCCCAAAAGACUGCAGUUCCUCCAGUGUCCACUAGAGGCUCUCUCCUAGAGUGAACCAGUCCCCGAAGAGCCCCAUGUUCAAAAGUCCAACUUUACAGCAGCCCGGUACCUUAUACUAUGAGAAUAAAGUUGAUAUAUAUUUUAAGUUUAAACUCAUAUGACAAGUAAAAAUCUUCAGUUUACGCAGAUUAUGGUGUUGUAAAGAGGGAUACAGGAAAGGUAGACAUUCUCCUCUUGAAAAAUUGAGGAUUAUAAUAAUGAUAAUAUAAUUGAUUUCAUUUAGGAAGAUGGAGUAUUGUUAGACUUGGCAUCUCCUCCCUUCCAAAAUAGAUCAGCUGUUAACCAAAACUAUGACUUAACUACAGCUGUACUCGAAUAUUAUGGCUUUAAUUUAACUUAAUCCUCGCAAUGUUAUAACUUUAAUCUUAAACUAUGAAUGCUUUUUGGCUCUCACACUCUGUGGUACUUCCUUCUCAUCACGAAAGGUGUAUUAUCAGAAGAAUUUACUGUAAAUCUGUGCAGCUCAUAGUUUUCUUCAAGGUUCAGGUUCUUAAACAGCCUCAGUUUGGUGUGUUUCUCCUCUCUGGGGUCCAAUAAACUCAUUAUCAGUUUUUUCUUCUGCAGGUUGUUUUUCUGAUCCCAUCUGAGCCUCACUUCCCAGAAUGCCACUGACUUCUUGGUAAAAUUUCUGCAGCAGCAGUGUUACACUGCUCUGUUUGUGUGUUUGUGUGUGAGAGAAAGAGAGUGUGUGUGUGUUAUUAGCCCUGAUUUGUCGCUUGCAGGAAGGAUGAGAAAAACACAACAAAAGUCUGAUUUCAUCCCAGUUUACACCUUCAUACCACCUUAAAAUAUCCAGAUUUGUCUUAAAGUGGAAUUAUGACUGCAGCUUUAUGAGGUUAAAAAAUUAAGGGUAACAUGGCUGCUGAAUUUACCUCCAUGUUUGGUCUCCACCACAAGCUGGAUACUUUUAUAAGACUACACUGAGCAUGUGUCCGAGUGUGUAUGUGUGUGUGUGAGUGUGUCAGAUCAGGAUCACAUGACUGGAGUAAAUACAUUUAUGUUUCUUUAUAGGUCCCAAUGUC